AUGUCGGCUGCCUCAACGGCUUCUCCCUCUGUGGUGCGCAGCUCUUCACGAAAACAGCCCUCAUACAGUUCUCCCACAACAGAUCGACCUCACAGGACCCCCUCUACGGCUACCAAACCCUCAACAGGAUCCACUGGACCUUUGCGAUCAAAUUCGCAAUCUCAAUCAUAUUCCCGUCCCACGACGGCCUCCGAUCAGGCUUCUCUCGCUGGUGUCGCUCGGAAAGAUCAUGAGACCACCAACCUAGCUAGGCCUUCGAUUUCUCGCCGCAGCUCUUCUCGAGAGCGAUCUUAUGCUGCCCCACCGCCCCAGCGAACCGAGUCUACUCGGGACUCUCGCAGAACUUCUUCGAGACCAAGUCAGUCGCGCAACACCUCAAGGAUGUCUACCGCUACUGCGGUAGCCAGCAGCGAUGGCGUGACAGCUGUUUCAACACCCACUGCUGCCAGAAUACAGUCCGCUGCUGCCUCUGGAAGCACUACACCUCUGAAGAGGAGGACAACACUUGCUGCGCAAACAGGACAAUGGUCUUUAGGCAAAACUAUAGGAGCAGGGAGCAUGGGCAAAGUAAAGCUGGCUAAGAAUUUAGAGUCUGGAGAGCAGGUUGCUGUCAAGAUCGUGCCCCGGCAAUCAACGGACGAGCAUCGCAAUGAUCGAGAUCGUGAACGUGCAGAUCAUUCCAAGGAAGUCAGGACUGCCAGGGAAGCAGCUAUCGUCACUUUGCUCAACCACCCAUACAUCUGCGCGAUGCGAGAUGUUGUGCGCACAGAUUACCAUUGGUACAUGCUGUUUGAGUACGUGAACGGCGGUCAAAUGCUGGACUAUAUCAUCUCUCAUGGCAGGUUAAAGGAAAAGCAGGCUAGAAAGUUUGGUCGGCAAAUAGCAAGUGCCCUUGACUAUUGCCAUCGGAAUAGCAUCGUUCACAGAGACUUGAAAAUCGAGAAUAUCUUGAUAAGCAAGACGGGGGAUAUCAAGAUUAUCGAUUUCGGUUUGAGCAACCUGUUCUCACCAAGGAGCCAUCUCAAGACGUUCUGUGGUAGUUUGUAUUUCGCUGCGCCGGAACUGCUGCAAGCAAGGCAAUACACAGGCCCUGAAGUGGACAUCUGGAGUUUCGGUAUCGUCCUAUAUGUGCUGGUUUGUGGGAAAGUGCCUUUCGAUGAUCAAAGUAUGCCACAGCUGCAUGCGAAGAUAAAGAAAGGUGUGGUCGACUACCCAACGUGGCUUUCCCCAGAAUGCAAAAACCUCAUUUCCAGAAUGCUUGUGACAGAUCCGAAACAACGAGCCAGUCUUGGCGAGAUACUGAACCAUCCGUGGAUCACUAAAGGCUUCAAUUCACCUCCUGAAAAUUACCUUCCUCCGAGAGAGCCUCUACAAUUGCCUCUAGAUCCCCAAAUAAUUGAGAAAAUGCAUGGGUUCGACUUUGGCGAACCCGACUUCAUCGAACGUGAGCUAACAAAAGUUUUGGGCUCUGAGGAGUACCAGAAUGCUGUAAGACACAAUGCCCGAGAGCACGCUGUCCAUGCUAUGGGCAGUGAAAAGAAACGGGGUGUCUUCGACUUCUACAAGCGGCGAAGUUCCGUCACAAGUCGAGAAACUCUGCCAAAUGCGUCUUCUGACGCAGUGCAGCUUGGUUCAGACCCUGUCAACGCUUUCAGUCCCCUCAUAUCAAUCUACUACUUGGUCAGAGAGAAGAAAGAAAGGGAACGUAUAGAAGCUAACCCUGGAGCACUGAGCAUGCCCAUGUCUCCAGGCGAGAAGCCCCUAAAGAUCCCCGACCUACCUGCACCCGAAGCAGCAUACACCAACGCUUCGGCUUACGAGAUGCCUGGUGAGAAGACCACAGGUGGCCGCUCGAGAGCACGGUCGAGGACACAUGGAGAAGAAGACGUGACAGAAGGCUUGAAGAAAGUCAAUCUCAAUGUACCUCCCGGUGUACCUCCAGCCAUCGUGACGCCAGGCCAUGAACAGCAGCCCGCCAAAAAAGAGAGCGCUGCCGUUGGACUUCUUCGAAGAUUCAGCACGCGGCGGUCAAAGGAGCCCAGAUCAGAAGCCCAGCACUCUCCGUCAGUGCAGGUGCAGCCACCUACGGAUACAUCCACGACGCCAAGGAAAAGCUUCAGUGUGCGGAGAGCUCGUAAUAGAGAGCCAACCCCAACGACAAUGCUCCACCCCGGCGGUAGCACACCUCAUCAAGCUGAGCUGCUAACGCCCCCGGGCACGCUAGAAGCAAGAUCGAGGACGAAAAAUACCUUGGAUCGAUCCACGAGCGUCAAUUCUGCUGAGUACCGAAAGCGGCAAUCGCAUCGAGGCGUAUCUGAAGGGCAAGGCUCGAUUCCGGCCAUCGAGCCUCCCUUAACGAGUGGCUCUGAGAGGUCUAGCAUCAGCGGUCACAAACCGAAAGCAAGCGAGCCUCCGCCGAUCGACCAGAAGAGUGUUCUUAACGCCCGGGCUGCAACCACACGCACCAAGUCUCUUGGUCACGCGCGACGUGAAAGCAUACAAGCUAGACGCGCUCUAAGACAAGAAGCCCACGAGGCUAAUGUACCAGAAGAACCGGACCAAGAAUUGGCAGCAGGCGCUGAUAGUCCCAACAAGAGUCUUGAGAACAUGAAACCAGUCUACCUCAAAGGUCUCUUCAGCGUCUCCACCACAAGCAACAAACCUCUGCCCGUCAUCCGCAUGGAUAUCGUCCGUGUACUCAAGCAACUAGGAGUACAAUACACCGAUAUCAAAGGCGGAUUCAGCUGCCGCCACGCUCCCAGCAUCGAUCUCAAUCGCGGCCCUGACAAUAGCCCUCCAAGCCCGGAACUUCCAUCUGGCAACAGACGGCGAAUCAGUUUCGCCGGUGGCUUGAGAAGCGGCGAACGCAAUGAAGAAGCGUCAGAGAAGCCUGCGCACAUCCCCCGCAACCCAUCGCGCAAGCACCCAGCCCCUGAUACCUCAUUCACAGCCUCUGACGAAUCAGAUGAUAGCGCUAUUGGAGUUGGCGCCGCUCGACGACGUUCUCAAGCGGGCGAGAGAACGCCGGCCGGGGAAACAACGACGCAUGUGGAAAGUGAGGUUGGCGGGAACAUGGUGGUAAAGUUUGAGAUAUUCAUAGUGAAAGUGCCACUGUUUAGUUUGCAUGGGAUCCAAUUCAAGAAGGUGGCUGGGGGGACGUGGCAUUACAAGAACAUGGCAACGCAGAUUUUGGAGGCCUUGAGGUUGUGA